CCUGACAUCGAAGACAAACCUUGAUGUGUCUGAGGACAGAAGAGAGGAUCAGCUGAGUCCUGAUGAUUCAGAGAAGUUGAAGCAGCAGCAGCUUGUGGGUGGAGAGGCUCCCAAUACAAAUUCUCAGGAAAUGUUAUCUUUCAUGCCUAAACUGCUGACUGAGUCUGGAAAGACUUCAUACAGGUUCAGGUGUCCUGGUCCAGGUGGGUUCCAGUGUGCUUUGACUGGACUGGUGUUUGUUACGACUCAGGAGGCGGAGCUGCUGUACACCACUGUCCAAUGGGACGAGAGCCUCCUCCAAUCAGCUGGCAGGAUGGCUGCAGGGCUGCUGUAUAACAUCAAGUGUUCAGAGGAGGCUGCUGUCUGUCAGCUCCACUUUCCACACUGUGAAAUCAUAGAUGCUCCUCUACCUGAUGGCCUGUUGUCUGUCGUCCACAUCACUGAUGAUGGGAUGAGAGUCCUGGAGCCGCUGGAGAUUACUGACACUCACGUGGUUGUAAAUGUUCCUCACCUCUCUAACUUUGGCCUGAUCUGGGAUGUAGUUAAAAGGUUGUGGACGAAUGCUGUCAGCGGCCAAGUUCUGCUGUUCCUCAGACCACCAAACCCAGCAACACAGAGGCAAAAACUCAAUGUGCUUCUCCUGCCGAGAAACAUCCCUCUGAACGAGGUGAGCGAACAAUAUCAAGAAUCUAGGAACAUCCAGGUUCCUGCCACAUGUGAACUCAUCAAAGGUCAAAGUUACACCGUCCAAUGUCCUCAGGCUGUUAAAAUACAGCCAAAGAAAGCAGAUUUUGACCUGGAGUUUGGACCAAACUACCACCUAACGUUUGAGAUCCGCCUGCCUAUAAACACACCAGAAGUGACUUUAAGAGUCCAAGACGAAGCGACGGAGUGACAUGAGACCUGAGAGACAGAUCAUCUGGGAGUAUGACGUAGAACUGAUUGAUGAAACUCAGAAGGGAGCAGGAAGCCCAGCAGUCACCGCCAGCAUGGAGCUGUCGUCAACACACCUCAGAUAAGCAGUUCUAAUGUGGAGGGGAUCUAAAUAUCACUGUCAACAACAUGUAUG